AUGAUGAACAAUUUCUUUCAAGGUCAAAGAAUUGACGUAUUUAAACGACCAUACAGAGUGUAUACUGGUGCUUUUUGUGGAAAACCUCAAAUAGAUGAAGGAGGUAAAAUUAUUUUACCAUCAUCGGCUCUUGAUGAAUUGGCUAGAUUAAAUAUUGUAUAUCCAAUGCUUUUUAAAAUUUCAAAUUCAAAGAAGAAAAAAGCUACACAUUGUGGUGUUUUAGAAUUUAGUGCAGAGGAAGGAAGAGCAUACAUUCCAUUCUGGAUGCAAGAAUACUUGCAAUUAUCACCUGGAUCUCUUGUUAAUGUUGAAAGUGUAGCAUUACCAAAGGGUACAUUUGUAAAAAUCAGACCACAACAAAAAGCCUUUAUUGAAAUUUCCGAUCCAAAGGCUGUCUUAGAAAAACAACUCAGAAACUUUUCAUGUCUUUCUCGUGGUGAUACUAUUAUUAUAGCUUACAACAACAAACAAUUCUUUAUCGAUAUAGUAGCUGUUGCUAGUGCGAGUGGAGAUUGUGAAGCUGUGAGUAUUGUGGAAACAGAUGUUAAAGUUGAAUUUGAAAGACCUGCUGAUAUGCCUCCAUCACCUGUAAAUCCAAUCACUCCAUCAGCAGAUGAAUUAUUCAAGGUCAAUAAUAAUAUUAUCAAACAACCAACUACUACUAAUAUCACUCCAACACCAACUAAUGUACCACCACCAAAAGAAGAACCAAAAGAACCACCAAAAUUUGUUGGAGUUGGAAGAAGAUUGGACGGAAAAGGAGGAUCUUCAUCAAGUAAUAACACUCCAACAAGUACUACACCAACAAAAACAACAACACCAACAACAUCUACACCAACAGCAGCUUCAGGUGCAAGUGGAACUAAUUUAAAUACUUCGGGAUUAGUACUUGGUAGGAAGAGAAAGACUUAUGGAGAGGAAGAAAAGAAACCAGGCCAACCAGGUGCUUCCACAGCCACUACCACUGCUACUGCUACUACUGACAAGAAGGAUGAAAGCAAAUUUAAAGCAUUCGCAGGUCAAGGAAGAUCAUUGAAAUAAAUAUUCAUUAUUUAAUU